AUACAACAUUCCAGAAGUUCAUUCCGACUGAUGGAAAACAUUCAGGCAUCGGCGCGGGCACCUAACUGGGGUCUGCCAGAAGGACCCAAGCAUCAUGCACCAGAAGUAAACAUUGGAGCGGACUCCUCGAUAUUUUCAUUAUAACAAACCUUACAGUGUCCUCGGGGCAAGAUACAAUGAACAACAUAUCUCCUGAGGUGGCGUUGCACCGAAUAUCUCCUGAGUUGAGGCCACUCCUGAACAGUGUGGUUCGUAAUGGACGUGUGGGACUGGAUUCAACAAACUGCCUGCGUGUGACAGACCUUAAAACAGGAUGUACAUCUCUCACUCCUGGCCCUUGCUGCGAUCGCUUUAAGCUUCAUAUCCCUUAUGCUGGAGAGACUUUAAAAUGGGACAUUAUUUUCAAUGCACAAUAUCCAGAACUGCCCCCAGAUUUUAUCUUCGGAGAAGAUGCAGAGUUUCUUCCUGAGCCCUCAGAGUUACCUCAUUUGGUCCAGUGGGACGCUGGAAACCCUGAAUGUCUGCUGCAGCUGGUAAAGGAGCUGAUCCAACAGUACCAUCACUACCAGUGCCAGCGACUCCGCGAAAGCUCCAGGCUGCUUUUUGAGUAUGACAGUCUGCUGGAGGAUCCAAACUACAGGCGAAACAUGGAGAUCUAUGCUGGAAACAAGAACAGCUGGACUGGAGAAUUCUCUGCUCGUUUUCUUCUGAAACUUCCAGUCGACUUCAGUAACAUCCCCAUCUAUCUGCUCAAGGACACAGCGCUGGACCCCGGAGAAGAUGUUGCCCUCCUCUCUGUGAGCUUCGAGGACGCUGAGGCCACUCAAGUCUUCCCUAAGCUCUACCUCUCGCCAAGUAUUGAGCAUGCACUGGGAGGCUCCUCUGCGCUUCAUAUCCCAGCCUUCCCUAGUGGCGGAUGUCUGAUUGAUUAUGUACCACAAGUCUGCCAGUUACUCACCAACAAGGUGCAGUAUGUGAUCCAAGGCUACCACAAGAGGAGGGAGUACAUCGCUGCAUUCCUCAGCCACUUCGGAAUGGGUGUGGUGGAGUAUGACGCCGAGGGAUUCACAAAACUCACACUUCUACUCAUGUGGAAAGACUUCUGCUUCCUGGUUCAUGUGGACCUCCCACUCUACUUCCCCCGCGACCAGCCCACUCUCACCUUCCAGUCUGUGUACCACUUCACCAACAGCGGGCAACUCUACUCUCAGGUGCAGAAGUCGUACCCGUACAGCCCACGCUGGGACGGCAACGAGAUGGCCAAGAGGGCAAAGGCGUACUUCAAGAGCUUCAUCCCUCAAUUCCAGGAGGGCGCCUUUGUCAACGGGAAACUUUAAGAAGAAUUAUGUCGCGAGCCUGGAGAGACGCCUGUUAGUGCUUUUUAGCUGUCGUCCACCUGUUUAUUAGCUUUGUAAAGUUGACUCCGCUGAACCGCCGGAGCAGAAGCACGCUGUCUCCGUCUUACAGUCGACCUUGAGCAUCUCUUCAAUACCUCUGUUUAUGUUUGGUAGAAGCCACUUGAGACGCUCACGGGAAACCUUGGCUGUGAGAUCCAAACAUUGCAUCUGUGUGAUGGGAAGUACAUGAUUUCAUAUUUUUGUUAAAUCACAAUCAAAAUUGAGGUGUUAUAUGUUUAAUUUCUGGGUACUGAAACAAUUCUGUUUCUGUCUCUGUGGUGUUUUGGUGCAUUCAAAGUGGCAGGAGUCUUGAAUCUAUCCUUACUUAUUUAAAUGUCACACGUCCUGUGGUGCGUUCACUUGGAUUCCAUCACCUUAGAGCUCCAUAACUAGUGGUCAAUGCCACAUCCAACUGCUGCUUUAUGAUGUGUUUAGUAGCUUAAAAAAACUGUGCUUUACUUUUUAUAAGCAAUCAGCACCUUUAUUGUGUGUUCGUUACGUAAAAAGAUAUUCUCGCUUUAGAACUCUUUAAAUUGAAAAUACAACGUUUAAAUCAUUGAUUUUGAUCUUCUACUGACACGUUUAUUAUGAUUCAUUGAAAAAUAAUCUGAUACAAUUUUAUUUUUAAUGCAAAAAACUGAUCUUGUUUUUUUGGGAGGAGGUGCGGGAGGUUCUCAAAACUUUUUUUUUUUUUUUCUGAGUCCAAAGUUGUGUAAUAACUGUGUGUACCUUCACUUUGAAUGCAGCAUUAACUGGACACGAAACGAACAAGACACCUCAGCACAUUCCAUGUAGUAUUGUUUCAAUCAGACAAUUUUUGCUGAAUCCAAUUUAGUUUUAAGUUUUUUGUUUGUGAUGCCAGACUGUAUAAAACCACCACCAUCCACGUCCAGCCAUGCCGCGGCACCCAGACUGCCCGAAGCGACAUGUAAAAUCGCCGGUCCAUGGAAAUGACCACCAGCUUGCACCAUGAUUCUUUGUCUUCCAAAGCCAUGAUUGUGAUGUUUUUGUGAAAUGUUUCGACACAGUAAAAUGAGAAAUCCUCUCCACCCAA